GGAGCGCGUAGUUGUAGCGCUCUCGGAGCUCUGGGGCUGGCUCCAAAGUUCCCUAUUUAGCUCCUCGGCCCAAUUGGAUCUUUGCUCCGCCCUCUCCCGCUCCCUUGCACGCCUCCCGCGUGGUAGGGCCCACACCUUUAGAGCGGCGGCGCGAGCGGACGCUCGUCACGUUCCUCCGCCCGCGCUCGCCGGCCGCCUCCCCCCGCCACGAGCGUGCGCUUGGUACGGCCCCCGCCGCCUCCAUCCCUCGCUGGGGUGGCUGCCCCCCCUCGGGUCGGCGGCGCUUGGUGCCGCCCGGGAGAACCAGGUCAUCGGUCGGUUCCCGUGAAAACAAAAACAAUCGGCGGCGCCGCGUCGGACAGCGAACGCGGCGAGCGGGGGCUCGGGGCCGGGUGGGAAGAACGAGCGGGAGCAGCGGCGACGCGCCGGGGUCGGGGCGCCAUGGGGCAGGCGGGCGCGGGCUGCGCGGAGCUCCCUCGGCGCCGGGGCUAGCGCGUCCGCCUCUUCAGUCUCCCGUGCCGCCCGCUUGGGGGACGAGGAGCAGGACGCGGCCUCGGCCGGGCCCGGGCCGAACGGCUGCGGACACCCGGGCGCUGGGCAGCCGAGCGCCGCUGCCGCCACCGCCUCCGGGAUGGAUCAGUGCGUGACGGUGGAGCGCGAGCUGGAGAAGGUGCUGCACAAGUUCUCGGGCUACGGGCAGCUGUGCGAGCGCGGCCUGGAGGAGCUUAUCGACUACACGGGCGGCCUCAAGCACGAGAUCCUGCAGAGCCACGGCCAAGACGCUGAAUUAUCAGGGACACUUUCACUUGUUUUGACACAAUGCUGUAAAAGAAUAAAGGACACUGUUCAAAAAUUGGCCUCAGACCACAAAGACAUCCACAGCAGCGUUUCUCGGGUUGGAAAAGCCAUCGAUAAGAAUUUUGAUUCUGACAUUAGCAGUGUGGGAAUAGACGGCUGCUGGCAGGCAGACAGCCAGAGGCUCCUCAAUGAGGUGAUGGUGGAGCACUUCUUUCGACAAGGGAUGCUGGAUGUAGCUGAGGAGCUCUGCCAGGAAUCUGGUCUUUCUGUGGACCCAAGCCAGAAAGAACCAUUUGUGGAGUUAAAUCGAAUAUUAGAAGCAUUAAAAGUCAGAGUUCUGAGACCUGCUCUGGAAUGGGCAGUAUCAAACCGAGAAAUGCUCAUAGCCCAGAACAGCUCCUUGGAGUUUAAGCUACACAGACUGUACUUUAUUAGCUUGUUAAUGGGAGGCACUACAAAUCAGCGAGAGGCAUUACAAUAUGCUAAAAAUUUUCAGCCAUUUGCCCUAAAUCAUCAAAAAGACAUUCAGGUUUUGAUGGGAAGCCUCGUGUACCUGAGACAAGGGAUUGAGAACUCACCGUAUGUUCACCUGCUUGAUGCAAACCAGUGGGCUGACAUCUGUGACAUCUUCACACGGGAUGCCUGUGCCCUUCUGGGGCUCUCUGUGGAGUCCCCACUCAGCGUCAGUUUCUCUGCAGGUUGUGUGGCGCUGCCAGCUUUAAUUAAUAUCAAAGCUGUGAUUGAACAGAGGCAGUGCACUGGAGUUUGGAACCAGAAAGAUGAACUACCCAUUGAAGUGGACCUUGGUAAAAAGUGCUGGUAUCACUCGAUAUUUGCCUGUCCUAUUCUUCGUCAGCAAACAACAGAUAACAAUCCACCCAUGAAAUUGGUCUGUGGUCAUAUUAUAUCAAGAGAUGCCCUGAAUAAAAUGUUUAAUGGUAGCAAAUUAAAAUGUCCAUAUUGCCCAAUGGAACAAAGUCCAGGAGAUGCCAAACAGAUAUUUUUCUGAAGAAAUAACUCUAGUUUGCAAUUUGUAAGUGAAACUGAAUCGAGGGCGCAUUUCAGAAGAGAACGUUCCAUUUAAUGCAGCUAACCAAGGACUCCCAUGUUUAUAUAAGCUAAUGCUCCAGAAACUUUGCCAACAUUUUAGUGUGUACACACGGAGGGGAGUGUGCUCCAGAUAAAUAUUAUCAUAGGGCUUUAUUAUAUUCUUGGUCUUCAUUUCUGAUCAAGUAAAUACACCAGCAGUUGUCAUUCAAUGCAGGUUUUUGUACUUAAUUAUAUGGUGAUUUUUUUACUUUUUAAGAGCAGAAACAGAAAUUGACCUCCCCGCCAUGUGUUUAAUAUUUCUCCUGCUUUUACUUUUUGUCAUUUUCUUGGUAACUGUAAGCCUUGAGGAUGUUUGUGAAAGGUUUUAUUUCCUGUUACGUAUACAUAAUUAAAUGAAAAUUCUUCAGAAAAAAAGUUUGAAAAACUGAAUUGUGGUUCUGAAACGAAUUUGCCAGGUUUUUUUUUUUUUUGUUUUUGCGUUUGUUUUUUUGUUUGUUUGUUUGUUUUUGGCUUAUGAAAGAAAGCUGUGAUAGAUUCUACAUUUGCUUUCUGAUGUUUUCCUUUGCUCCAGCUCUCGCCGAGAAGUCAGCAGACCUGCAUCUGUGCUCUGCCUGUAGCCCCAGUGGGCUGCCCGUUAAAAAAUUCCAUCACAAAUUUAUUAGCAGGUCGGCGUGAGAAGGCUUCCACUAGAACAGAGUGGAAGCAGUACCGUUGUUUCUUUGCUUUUCUUGCCAAGAGGUGCUCGUUUUAAAAGUGUGUUCAAUAAAACAAAUUCCGAAGUUAGAAUGUUCUUCAGUGGCUGUUUGCUCUCUUGGUCUUGGUGACCCCUCUUCUCUGAAAUCUGCCUUCAGGACUUGGCUGUCUCCUGCAUUUGUAUAUCACUACAGACACAGUGUUGUGUGUGCGCGUGUGUAUAUGUGCACCAGCAUCAAACAUUGUGUAUCUGGAAGGGAAGAAGCAUGUUCCAGUCCUAAGACGCAGUUUCCAGACUCAUCGCUUUCAGUCCUUGAAGAUAGAAGCUAGCGGAUUUUCUGUAGUGCAGAAUAUGUUUAUGCCCUUUUUGUAUUUGAAUAAUAUACUGUUCAAUGCCUCUUUUCUGCAAAGUGUAUCAUCUCAUUGACUGUGAAUCUGUAUAUUACUCUAAUGGAUACAGAUAAUGGUCUUUUCUCUUGUGAGGUACCUUCAUGUAAUGCACUGUCCAAAAACAGCCAUGUGUACGAGUCUUUCUCUGUAUCACGAACUGCAUGGAAAAAGACUCCUGUGGACAUAAUUCUGACUUAAACCCAUGAAGUUACUUCAGUUUGAGAAGCCUGUCUUAUGGAAAUCACCAAAUACUUUACUACUCGAUUUCAUCUGACAUGGAACUGAAUAUCAAAUCCAGGAACCUUCCAUGAGAAAAUGAAAAGAGAAGAGUACACUGAAGCAAAGAGAAAUGGGACACUUGGCAUUUCAAACUGCGGACUGACUUGGUUUGCCGGGCAGGGAGAUAACAGACUUGGUGCUAAGUCAUUUGGAAACCAUCUGCUCUGAUGGACAGGCCUGGAUGGUGUAGCCCGAGAUAUUGACCUGGGAGAGCGGGCGUCUUUUGGUGAAGGAGGGGGGACUGUUUGGUGGCAGUGUGUGAUCAGGCCUCUGCUGAGGUUCCCGUGUGCCAUGGGGCUUAGCUAGGGGGUGAUGGGCCCGGCUCAGAGUGCUCGCUCUGCCCCAUCUCUGGCUUGGCUGCCCAGUGACUUCUGCCCCGUGAUUCCCCUUUCCUGGUGGAAUCCUCUCCCCACUAAUUCAGUGAAGAAAAGCAGAGAAGCUCCUUGGACUCCAGAAGGAGAAGGUAGAAAAUUCCAGGCAGCGCUCUGGUUGAGGAUGUAAGACCGGUUUAUUAUAUAUUUUUUCCUUUGUAUUAAAACCCAGAGUGUGAUCUCCCCCCCACACACACACACCUUUUUUCUUUUUUUUUUUCAUUAGGCCAGAUUUAGUUUUAAUCACAGCUUGUUCUUACCUUUCCACCUCAAACACCUACACAACAUUUAGGCUUUGUGUAAGGUUCGAACAGUAUAGACAUUGCUCUAGACUGGUGGUAAAUGUUUUUGGUGGCCAGACACUUCACAUAGCUGGCUCAGGCCACCUUCAAGGACAGAAGCCUGAGAGAGCUCUGCUCUGUCCCUCUCCCGGUGUUGGGAAUCCUGUUGACGGUUUUCUGUGCAGUUCAUGAAACCUCAGAAAGAACAUACUUUACCUGAAGCAUUUGACUUUACAGCUUCCUGUGCCAGGUCUCUGUGGUCUCACUGGGCAAGGGUAGGGGUAGGGCCACCAAUUUGAAACUCUACUGAUGUGACAGUUAAACAGGCACAUGUUAUCUUGCGACCUUCUUUAAAUGCAUGGUGAAUGUGAAGGAGACAGGUGGCUUUGAAGAGACCAGACCUUAACCAAAGAUGCUGAAAUUCAGCAUGCUGUCCUUUCUACCCUAGAAAUACCUUUGCCGGUGUUGGUAGGACCGCAUCAGUGCUGAGGCUGCAGGUCUGCAGUGUGGAAGGAGGCGUUGUGCCACGCUCUGCCCUCUUGCAAAAGCUUGUGAGAGAGCAAAGAUGUAUACAGUCGUAACUGUAUGUUGAAAACAGAAUUUCAGAGUGGUUCCUUAAAUUUCCAGUUAGGAAACCAUGUCCACUUACCAGCUGUGGACAAAGGCCAAGGGACUGCGCUAAACCCAUGAAACCGUAUCAGAUCCUUAGAUUCUGACUUUUAGAGCAUCUGUGCUUCCCAGUACAGUCUGAAGCACGGUGGCUAAGUUGUCUUUCAAUCUUUCUUCUCCUUUCUGUGAUUGUCACAGAUGAUGCCAUUUCUGUUGUUUUAGUGGUGAUUAUUUGACAUUUCUAAUCCAUAAAUGAACGGGUAUUGGUGCCUCUUAAUUUUUAAAAUUUUGAAGAAAAGAGCCACCUCAUCUUCAUAGGGUGUGUAUUUUGUGAGUGUAUGAGCAUUUAAUUGAAACUAAGAAAGUUAUGAAGUCAAUCUUUUGAUUUUUUUUUUUUUUUCUGAAGCAGCUGAUGUGUACAGAGACACUAAAACUCACACCACUUUAUGUGGGGAACGAGGAUCCUUUUUUCUCUCCAGGUAGUCCCGCGGGGUGUGCAGUUUAAGUUCAGUGUGUCUUAUGCCGUGAGUUAUUUCCGCCUCGGAGGCUUUAGCCUCUGGGACAGUAAAUACUGCAGAAACCAAGAACUCUUGGUUUAUCUGCACGAGACAAGCUGCUGGUAGACGUUAGCCCUCUGGUUUUCCAGCUCAACCUCUGAUGAAGUAGAUUGACCAUCAGGCUGGUCAGUCUGCUUAGUCAGUGACUCAGGUUCUUUUCAGGGAAGGCCUGGAGGCAUGUUUGGUUCAUUUCAUCGCCAGGACGUGUAAGGUGAAAACACAAACCAAAUACCUUUCAUUACUUAACUCUACGUACAUGACCUUCGGUAACACUAGAAGGCUGUGGUCUUGAGGGGAUGUGAGCACACUUGCGUGAUACACGGAAGGGAUGGUGCUUCAUAAGCCUGUCCAGCUGUGGCAGGUUUGGUUUAGCACGGUGGUGUGUACCUUGGGAAAGUACAAGCUUCAUGAACUGUUCUUAUUAAACUAUAAUUGAAUAGAUACCAAAAAUAGAAUGACAGAUGUAUUUUAAUAGCAGAUGAGGCAGAUUAGUUUUAGGGUGAGUUUUUCCCACUGUUGAUUUUACGUCAUGACACAGGGAGAGAAACAAGUUCAUUUUCAAAACAUUUUCCUCUGCAGUUUUAAACUGUAGUGAGUAUCUGCUUCAUUGACUUCCAAAGAGGCAGAAGCAGCUGGCAUUGGCUUCGAGCACAUGCUUUGUUUCAUAUUAUGAUUGAUGACCUACAUUCUUAUUUUAACAGUCACUUACUAUUCUCCAGCAAGGCAGAUGGGGGGUUCACUAGGACGUAGUGCCUGAUCUUUGGGGAAGGGGUGGGAGUGAAUGUACUGGGGAUGGGAGGGAAGCAGGAGAAGAUAAUGGCAGCGUGAGUGAGUGUGCAUGGGUCUGAAAUUCACCUUUAACCCCCACCUGUGUCUAGCAAGGAACAGGUCUUUAAUGUAUUUUGCUCAAGACUGCAGUGUGCAUGUAUUUUUUUUCCCCAUCCAUGUUUUCUAAACUUAAAAGAAUUCAUCAAAUCAUCUUGUUCAGAUGGCUCAGGAUUGUAUUUCUUUUGCUUACCCUGUGCUCUUGGGUUCUAUAGUAUUUCUAUAAUUAUGUAACAAUAGUGUUGCACUGUAAUCUAUCAUAUAGAGCUAUAUGUAUGGAAAAUUUUGAUCAGUUUUUUAAGAAAUGUACCCUGUUUGCAAAGGCACAAUAAAAGUUGCAUCUUAUAGACUAUAGGCAAUAAAGCUAACAAUAAACCUUAUUUAACACAAACCAUAUUCACAUUCUCUGUUCAUUUGAUCUUGAGAAAAAUCUAGCAUAUCCAGUAGUUUCAGGGAUUUCAUUUUAACUUAAAAGGUUCUGAUGUAUUUAAUUUAUAAAUUUCAGACUGAUAUAAUAGAGUUUUGGAAAACUAUAAGAAAUGCUUUGUUAAUGUGUGUAUUCCUAUGUAAAACACAUGGCUUCUCCUGUGUAUAUUUUUAAAAAAUUAAAGAAAUGCACAUUUGAAAAGUG